AUGUGGGGCGUCCGGGCCUGCACGUUCUGCUGCGAGACGCUCCGGGCGAGAAAUCACAUCGUCUAUGAGGAUGCCAAAGUCAUUGCCAUGCUGGACCACAACCCACGAGCCAAGAAACACGUACUGGUGAUCCCACAUGAACACAUUCCAUCCGUAGACGACCUCACGCCGGUCCACUACGACCUAUUGGAGCAUAUGCUUUUAACAGGACAAGAGAUUUUAGCAAAAGACGGCUUCGUGGACAAAGAGAGCUGCCGAUUUGGCUUCCAUCGCUCGCCGUUUGCGUCUGUGCCACAUCUGCACAUGCAUUGUCUGGGACUGCCAUUCCUUCCAUCGUGGAAUCGCUUGCGGUACACAGAGUCGAUGCUACCAUCGUACAUAAGCGCUGAAAGCGCCCUCGCUGCCCUUAAACAUCAGAGAGAUACACUAGACACCACCCGCUCCUCCGAAGACUGA